CCCGAGAGCAUGCCAGUGUGGUCUAGUGAGAUAAGCCUGAGCAGAUGGGCCGGCCCUCUGGUGACUGAAAAGGCCAGGAAUCUCUGGCUCCUGCCUUCAGAAUAUGGACCUUCCACCGUCAGCAGAGUGACUGACUGGUGCAAGGGCUUGAGGACCCUGUCCUGGUGCCCACCCUACAAGACCGUCCUGCUGGUGUGGACCACUAUCUACUCCCUCAUGGGGUGAGCACGCUGUCCUCACACGCGGCCCUGCCACCCACUAGAGAAGACGUGAGUUUCCCCAAGGCCAAGCUCUUCCAGCGGAUGCACCCCACCUUGCCUCUCCAAGGGACGGGGGUCCCCAAGACAGAAGCCUCUGCCUGCCAAGGAUUCCAACCAGCCCUGUUCCUCUACCUCCUCAUUGUCCCUUGCCUCGUUCACCCCUCCCCUAGCCCCUGGGUCUCAAAGAAUGCCCACAGCAGCUUUCCCACAUCCGUGCUCCAGAGAGCCCCUUCCAGGAACCUGAGGACCCACUCCACUGUGUUUCUGCCACCUUCUCUUCCCAGCUACGCCUCCUACCUGGUAUGGAAGGACCUAGGAGGGGGCUUUAAGUGGCGCCUGGCCCUGCCCCUUGGCCUCUACGCUUUCCAGCUGCCCAUCAGCUGGGUGGUCCUGAUGCUCUUCCUAGAGGCUGCCAACCCUGGGCUGGCCCUGCUAACGCUGCUUCUGCUCUACGGACUGGUGGUGAGCAUGGUGCUGGUCUGGCAUCCCAUCAACAAGCUGGCUGCCCUGCUGCUGCUGCCCUACCUGGCCUGGCUCACGGUCACUGCUGUCCUCACAUAUCGCCUCUGGAGGGACAGCCUUUGCCUAAUGGCCCAGCCUCAGCCCACAGGGGAGAAGGGCAGCUGAGGCCACAGGACACAGGAGAUGAGGGAUGAGGCCAGCAAUAGGGGCCGAACCACGCCAGCCAGUCGUGGGGCCAGGCCAGCGCAGGCACUUUCCUAGUCCCUGCUGCUGACUUCCCCUAGAAUUUGGAGACAUGGGGAGGGGAAUGCUUUUACACUCUGAUAAUAAAAUCGUGCUGGUAACCUG